UGGUCCACGGUUUUGCCAAUCCUCUAAUCGCUACGUGAAAUCAUCUGCUGCUCUUCUCAGUGAGAAUUUCCGUGAAUCCUCCAGGCUUUGCUCCGUUUCAGUUCCUCCGCCCUUCUCCUCCAAUAUCUCCGUUCCUCCGUCGCCGAGCCUCCGCCAGUCGCCUGCCCCUUUGCUGCUCCGCGCUUCUCCACUCCAGAGUCUCUUGCCAUCAUUAAGAUCAGAUAUGGAGAAUGACGAAGAUUAUGUGGAAUAUGUCCCCAUUGCAAAACGAAGGGCAAUGGAGGCACAAAAGAUUCUUCAACGUAAGGGGCAAGCUUCCACCUUUGAAGACGAAACAGAAAAGGCAAAACAAGUAGAAAUGAAACCUAGCUUGCUUGUGAAAGCUUCCCAACUUAAGCGCGAUCAGCCUGAAGUCACUCCCACUGAACAAGCAGUUCAACAAGAAAAAGAGAUGAUGGAAAAUCUUUCUGAUAGAAAGACUUUAAUGUCAGUUCGUGAACUUGCAAAAGGGAUAACAUACUCUGAACCUCUGCCAACGGGAUGGAAACCCCCUUUGCCCAUAAGAAGGAUGUCCCAAAAAGCAUGCGAUGGUAUAAGGAAACAAUGGCAUAUUAUCGUUGAUGGUGACGAAAUCCCCCCACCAAUUAAAAACUUCAAAGAUAUGAGAUUUCCUGAUCCAGUUCUAAAGAAAUUGAAAGAAAAAGGAAUAGUACAGCCAACACCUAUUCAAGUUCAAGGCCUUCCUGUUAUUCUUUCCGGAAGAGAUAUGAUUGGAAUAGCGUUUACAGGGUCGGGAAAAACAUUGGUUUUCGUGUUACCAUUGAUUAUGAUGGCAUUGCAGGAGGAGAUUAUGAUGCCAAUUGCUCCAGGAGAAGGGCCAUUUGGAUUGAUUGUUUGCCCAUCUAGAGAGCUAGCUCGGCAGACGUUUGAGGUUGUGGAGGAGUUUUUAAUACCUUUGAGGGAAUUUGGAUUUCCAGAAAUAAGACCUUUGCUUUGCAUUGGAGGUGUUGAUAUGCGGUCACAGUUGGAUAUCGUCAAGAAAGGUGUUCAUAUCGUAGUUGCUACGCCUGGGAGAUUGAAGGACCUGCUUGCCAAAAAGAAGAUGAAUCUUGACAAUUGCCGGUAUUUGACUUUAGAUGAGGCAGAUAGAUUGGUUGAUCUGGGGUUUGAAGAUGACAUAAGAGAAGUAUUUGAUCAUUUCAAAGCUCAAAGGCAAACCCUUCUCUUUUCUGCAACUAUGCCUGCAAAGAUCCAAAAUUUUGCUAGAAGUGCUUUGGUCAAACCCGUUACCGUAAACGUUGGUCGAGCCGGAGCAGCAAAUCUUGACGUGAUCCAAGAAGUCGAGUAUGUGAAGCAAGAAGUAAAACUCGUCUACCUCCUUGAAUGCCUACAGAAAACCCCACCCCCCGUGUUGGUAUUUUGUGAAAACAAAGCCGACGUGGACGAUAUCCACGAAUACCUCCUUUUGAAAGGAGUGGAAGCCGUCGCAAUUCAUGGAGGCAAAGAUCAAGAAGAGAGAGAGUAUGCCAUUUCGUCUUUCAAAGCAAGCAAGAAAGACGUUUUGGUUGCCACAGAUGUCGCCUCAAAGGGUUUGGAUUUUCCCGAUAUCCAACACGUCAUCAAUUACGAUAUGCCAGCGGAAAUCGAGAACUAUGUUCACAGGAUUGGGCGAACCGGGAGGUGCGGUAAGACAGGUAUUGCAACAACAUUUAUCAACAAGAACCAAAGCGAGACUACACUUCUUGAUUUGAAGCAUUUGUUACAAGAGGCGAAACAGAGAAUACCUCCGGUUUUGGCGGAGUUGAACGACCCCAUGGAAGAUGUGGACGCAAUUACAAAUGCAAGUGGUGUGAAGGGGUGUGCGUAUUGUGGUGGACUUGGUCAUCGUAUCCGUGAUUGUCCGAAGCUCGAGCAUCAGAAAAGCAUGCAGAUUGCAAGUUCCAGGAGGGAUUACUUUGGUUCUGGAGGGUACAGAGGAGAAAUAUGAGGUUACGCUUUAGUAGCUUUAUAGCCUCCUCUCUUGCUGUUAAGUUCCUAUCCACUGAAUCCACCUUGCUUUCCUCUGGUAAAUAUGGCAAAUGUAAGGCGGUGGCUACCCGUAGACCACCUCAAACAGGGUACACUUGAUGGACGAAUGAAAAUUGGUAUUAUAUCAAUACUCGGCCGUGCCCACUUCUUAGGUGCAUCGUGACACAUACACCGUAGGUAACCUUCCAAACACCUGUUUAAGAGUUCAGAUUGGCCGUCAGAUUGGGGGUGGUAGCUGCUGGACAUAUUUUGAUCGAUGCCCUGUAAUGUGUUAAGUUGGUGUUUGGUUUCAUUUUGAAUACUUGUUUAAGUUUAUGUUUUUGAUGUUGAAACUAUA